CUCAACAUAAAGAUGAGGGAGCUGUUUGAGUCCCGGGGCUCCCAUUGGUUGAGUAAGAAGUUAAAGAAGCAUAGAGGAAGCAAUGUGAAUCCAACUGUGAAGCCAGAUUGGGUAGCGGAUAAUGAUUGUCUGACAAUGACAAUAUAUUGGGCCAGUGACGAGUUUAAGAAGAAGAGUACUGUUGGAAGUAAAAAUAGGAAUACCCCUGCUGCUAUCCAGUCUCAGUACAGAGGUGGUAGAAGUUGUGUGGAUGCACAUGCUGAAAAAUUGGUAAAAAUAGUCAUAGUUGUAUUGGCAUUUUUUAAAUUAAAAUAUGAAAUUAAUUAGUAUAUUUUUCAAGGCCGCGGAGUUGAAUCGGGAUCCGCUUUCUAUUGAAAUUUAUGAAAAGUGCUAUGUCCCUAAGACGGGUGAUCCGCCGCCUCGUGAGUAAUUUUUUUAAUUAUAAAAUGUUUUAUGUAAUGUAUUAACAUAAAAUGUUUUAUGUAAUGUAUUAACUGUAUUCUAAUUUUUUUAGAGAAAGUACAAUGAUCUCAAGGAGCAAGCUGCCAGUCAAUCAGAUAGUCAAAUAUCCGCAAUCGAAGACAAUGAUCUGUUUUUGAGAGCCACACCAAAGUACAAGAGCCGCCGGUUCGGGCAUGGCAGUCGGGCUAAAACUACAGUGCUGGAUUCAUCCUCGGUGAUCGGCCCCCUUGGUCGUACUCCUGAAGAAGUUGAAGCAAUUCAAUAGAAAUUGCAGGCCCAAAACGAUAAAAUACUUCAACAAGAAAAAAACAGCAGGAACAAGAUGCGCAAAUGGCAGCUAUGUCAGGUUGCUUUUCUACUAUUUUACGGCAGUUAAAAACUACUAACCCCGACAUAGUGAUACCCGAGUUUCCCUUCCAGGCUCAGCCAGACACGACUCAGCUAGCCCCGAAUCAGCGUGCCCCCCGACUUAGCUAGCCCCGACUCAGCCAGGUGCACUGAAUGUUGAUGACUUUAAUUUUUUGGUGAUGACUUUGUCCCUCUUAAUGGUGUGUAAUGUUAAUACCUCCCUCCCAAUGGUUUGAAAUGUUAGUACCUCUUUCCCAAACACUUAAUUAUUUUUUCUGUUUUUGAUGGAUUUGUUGGGGAGGUCUUGAUGGAUACUUAUGUUCCAUGAUGAUGAUAUCAAUGUUGAUUUUUUGCUUGUUUAAUGUGCUUGGUUGGAAUGAUGUUUACUGUUUAUUUUGUAUGAAGUUUGUGUGGUUGGAAUGGUGUCUGAUUGUUGUAGUUGCUUACCUUUUUUGUGUAUGAAGAUUGUGUUUG